UUAUAAGUGACAUUCGUGUUUACCGGUGAGUGUGGGUGUGGGUGUGAGCAGUACAGUGUGUGCAUUUUAACUGGAUGUUUCUUGAACACACCUCGCCCAUUAAUAGCCCCAGUCUCCUCCCCUCCACAUCCUCAUCCCUCGUUUGUUUGGCAACAACACUGGAUCACUUAUAUAACAGCUCCUGAUAACUCCUCAUCGAUUUGUCUCCUCGGUAAACAAACACCCCUCUCAUAUUUAACUGAGCGCAGACCGGACAUCGGUCCCUUUCCCCUUCAGAGAACACACCGGGCCGAGCGACAUCGACAUGGAGGUCGGAUUCCGCAGUCGUCCGGUAAUCCUGUGGCUGGCCCUGGCCGCCGCCGCCGCCGCGCUGGGCUCGGUGCUCGGGCUCGGCGAGGACCUGGACCGGCCCCUGUUCGGGCCUCCCGGCUCCCCUAUCCGGCUGCAGGCGGGCGACCCGGGCCUGGUGAAGGCUCUGGGGUUCGCCGAGGAUCACUACAACCGGGGCUCGAACGCCAUGCACCUCCGCAAAGUCAGCCGGUUCAUCUCCGCGAGCAAACAGCUGGUGAAGGGAAUCCGCUACACGAUUACAGUGGAAGUGAGUAACACCCAGUGUAAGAAAUCCACCAUGCUCAGGACAUGUGACUUCUAUCCCGAGGCACAGAAACUCAAGACGGAGCUGUGUAUGUUCGAAGUGUGGGACAUUCCUUGGCAGGGCACUUCGACUCUGCUCAAACAGAAGUGUCAGCCUAAAGUUGAACGUCAGGUAGAAGAGACCAACAAGGUGGAGGUUUCAUCCACCAGCCAGCCUCUAGAGGAGUCUGUGGAGCUGUUGGGACAGUUCAAAGAGUUCAUGGUGAAAUAUAACAAGAUGUACAGCAGCCAGGAGGAGGCAGACCGCCGUUUGCGCGUCUUCCACGAGAACCUCAAGACUGCCGAGAAGCUCCAGUCUUUGGAUCAAGGCUCAGCUGAAUAUGGGGUCACAAAGUUCAGCGACUUAACAGAGGAAGAGUUUCGCUCCACGUACCUGAACCCGCUCCUGAGUCAGUGGACUCUCCACCGACCAAUGAAACCGGCCACUCCCGCCCAGGGUCCCGCCCCGGCCAGCUGGGAUUGGCGGGAGCAUGGAGCUGUCAGCUCUGUUAAGAAUCAGGGUAUGUGUGGAUCCUGCUGGGCAUUUUCUGUGACAGGCAACAUUGAAGGCCAGUGGUUCCUGAAAAAUGGAACACUGCUGUCUCUGUCUGAACAAGAGCUGGUUGACUGCGAUGGUUUGGACCAGGCGUGCAAAGGAGGGCUGCCAACAAAUGCUUAUGAAGCCAUUGAGAAGCUGGGUGGUCUGGAGACAGAGGCCGACUACUCCUACACCGGAAAGAAGCAGAGCUGCGACUUCGCCACAAAGAAAGUGGCCGCCUAUAUCAACAGCUCCGUGGAGCUGCCCAAAGACGAGAAGGACAUUGCAGCCUGGCUCGCUGAGAACGGACCCGUCUCUGUUGCUCUGAAUGCCUUUGCAAUGCAGUUCUACAGGAAGGGCGUGUCUCACCCCUUGAAGAUCUUCUGCAACCCCUGGAUGAUCGACCACGCUGUGCUGAUGGUGGGAUACGGAGAACGUAAGGGUACCCCCUUCUGGGCCAUCAAGAACAGCUGGGGGGAGGAUUAUGGAGAGCAGGGUUACUACUACCUAUACAAGGGGUCCAAUGCGUGUGGGAUCAACAAGAUGUGCUCAUCUGCUGUUGUCAAUUAAAGCACUUACCACAUAUUAUCACACACACACACACACACACACACACACACACACACACACACACACACACACACACACACACACACACACACACACACACACACACACACACACACACACACACACACACACACACACACACACACACACACACACACACACACACACACACACCAUCAUACUACGUAGACCACAGCUGCCGGCUGGAAGCACCUUUGCACUGGUCAUACACACAUUUGAUCCAGGAUGCAUGAAGUCAGACACAUUAAGUCCUGCUGAAACUACUUUUUCCGUUAAACCAGACUAGUGUUCCUCGUUCACACCUACCACUUGGUGACAAGUUACAAAAAACAUACCAGCUCUAAUAAGGCUUGAGAGAUUUUAUGGUAAUUUUAACUUAACUUGAUUUUUGUCAACAUGUGAUUCCGUUAUUCCUGCAGGUCAUUGUGACUGCUGUGUUUUGGGCAGUGCUGCUUAUUAACUCAUCUGUCCUCACAGUAACUGAGCUUGUGUUCGGUAAGGCGUGUGCACUAGCUGUUCCUAUACUUCUGUCGUGUCAGCCUGCUUGGAUGUUUUGUUACCAUUGACUAUGCUAAUAUUAUGUAGGACUUGAGAGGGGCUUUUGAAAGACGGGGGUUUGUACGAUACAAUUGUUUGCACAUCCUGCAUAACGGCAGUGCAGCUGUGAUAACCGCUGUAAGACAUUGAGAGAUGAAUGAAGGUUGAAUAAAGAAAAAGUGUGGAAUCCUG